CAAGGUAGAGGAGGAAGAGCGUGGCGGCGGUCUUGGCGAGGCUGGCGACGCAGAAGUUGUCGACGUAGCAGAAGACGUCCCACAUCGGGCCGCAGGCCGUGCUGCCAUGCCAUGGCCGGCGAGGAGAGGAGAGGUUGGCGGUCAGUAGAAGAAGGGGAAACUCAAUGAAUGAAUGAAUGAAUGAAUGUAGAAGUAGGUAAUGACCUGCAUGCCUUGCCGGAGAGGAAGUCGAUGGGCUUGGAGAGGAGGUCGGCGAGGACCUUGGUGAAGCCCGACACCAGCGACUCCAACACGUUCCCCAUUUGCUGCCUGAUUCUUCUUCUUCUUCUUCUUCUUCUUCAGUCCGUCCCUGGCAUCCGCAUCCACGCCGCCGACCAAUCUGGACCUGGAGUCCUGGACUGGAGGAUGCGCGUGUGUGGUUUUGCUGCCGGCCGGAGUUGUGUCUCGCCGGAGAGGGAGAGAGAGAGGGCGCUAACCGCACCACGUCCUCUGUCUUGCCUUUUUUUUUCUUCUUCUUCUCAAAACAGAGCCGAGCAGAGCAGUUUUGAACCGCACCGCAUUCUAAGUUAAGUUUGUAACCGACGCGCCUGUCCCGAUUCGUAUCCCCAAUCCGCCGCCUGACCGAGCGCCAGGAAGGAUCCGACCGACCAUGGCCUCCAAGACCGAGUGCGAGUGCGAGUGCGAGUGCGGCGGCGACAUCUCCGCCUCCCAGGAGGACGCCCUCGCCGCCUCCCCAUUCCUCGGCGCCGCCCCUCUCGAUCUGUCCCAGCAGCAGCGGGAGGAGGAGGAGGUGGAGGACAUGGUCACCAUGUGUACCCUCCCCUCCACGCCUUCCCGUUCGCCGUCGCCCGCGCCUCCCCCAGACCCCUUCCUGGGCGCCGACGACAACGACGAGGAGGUCUUGUCCGAUCUCCCCCAGCAGCAGCAGCAGCAGGAGGAGGAGGAGGACGCCGUCACCAUGUGCACCCUCCCCUCCACCCCUUCCCCCACCAGGUCGCCGUCGCCACCGCCUCCUUCCCCGCAACCUCGCCGGAAGCCGAGGGUGUGCGUCAGGAAGGUCAGGGUCAGGGGCGCCAAGAUCCGCACCCCGACACCCAGCCCCGACCUACCGCCGGCAGUGGAGCCACAGCCACAGCCAGCCCAACCGACAGCGCCGGAGCAAGCAGAGCAGCAGCCCCAUGCGGAUGCGGAUCCCCUCUACAGGGCGGUGCAAAUGGUGGGCGCCCUCACCGACGCCACCGCCACAGCCAGGAGCAGCAGCAGCAGCAAUGAGAAUGCCGUCGAGGACUUGCUCGCGCUCGCCCGCCGUCGCGGCCUCCUCUAGCCACCCACCAGCCAGGAGGAGCAAUGAGGAUGGAUGCCGCCAGGUCAGUCAGUCAGGUACACAACAAUGGAGAUGGAUGCACUGACAAGAAGGAACACCUGCUGGUGCUUGGCCAUGGCAUUCAGUCAGUCAUGCCUAGGAUUAGAUUGGAUUAGAUUAGAUUACAGCAACUCAGACGCUCUCUUGUCUUCCAUGUCUGUUUUCUUCCUAAAAUCCAGUGCCUGGCUGAUGCUCCAUGUAAUGUACUCUCUCUCCGUCCCAUAAUGUAACAUGUUGUUUCACACUACUUCUUCAGACAAAUGCUACUUCUUCA